CGGGCUAGAAACGAACUUUUGUGACAAUUAGCUUUGCUACCGUUUUUAAUUAAUUCAACGACCACUACUUCAGGGGCAUCUGACUUGAUUCAUUGGCAGGGUACCACUAAGAGAACAAUUCAUACUUUCCACAAAGUAAUAGGAAUUAGUACUUGAUGGUCUCUCGUGCAGUUCAAGUAAGGAAGGUACCUAGGUAGUCACGAGUUCUUCGAUUGGGUCCCAGCUGUGUCGCACACCCUCCAACUGGCCCCAACCGGGAAGGCGCAGAAUAAUUAGAGCCGUCCCAAAUUGAAGUGUCCGAGAGCUUUUCAUUUCACUGCACACUUCCUCCUUCCCAUCCUAAUGGGUCAGAAGCAUCAGAGUUCUUCCAGCUACCUGAUGAUACUCGGCCGAGGCGUUUUGUGCAAAUUCAUCUCAUCUUCGUGUUGGAGCUUCUAGGGCUCUCCUCUUCCCUGCGCUGUUAUUCUCAAACACAUGCGAACUCGGGCCAAACUCCUCAGACAAAUAUGGCGUUUUCAUCACCUGGACAAGCCCGAGCACUUUGUUCUACAGAUCAGGUGCCUGCAACAGACAGCUUGCGAGACUCACCAAACGGAUUCGAGAUUUGUGGCGAAGAUACCAAAGCAGCCGGGAUCAAACAGCAGGACCAUCUCUCCGUUGCCUCCCGGUCACCAGAGGUAAAUGGCGAGGACCGGCAGGGAGUUUACGUGGAAGCGGGCGUUGAUCAUGAUUUUGUGCUACUUGAGAAACCAUCAGCUCUUUCCAAAUCCAUUGAUCUCGGUAAGGGGUACGAAUAUGGUCCAGCCAUAAAGUUUGGGCCCGACUAUUUCACAAAGAGGCCAGGAAAAAGAACUCGUGAUCACCAAGACGGCCGCCAUGAAAACACGGAACAACUUUCACCCCGCGUAGCCGGGGCAGCCUGCAGCCCUCGCUCCCAGAUGCCUUCCCUAGGCAGCGAGCCAACUCAUGACGUUGAGAACAACGAAUUCAAGGCCACCAAUGUUCUGAAUCGACCGCGAACACAGCCAUCAACAAGAGACCAUCGCGACACAUCACACAACAGUGACAAGCUCGACCGAACUGAGGCGGGACGAGAAGAUUCGCAGAUGGAUAGAAAGUUAUCUUCCUCAGACAUCCCUUGUGUCAAGAGAGCAGAUCUCUCGACCCAAGAUUGGAGGACCGAGGUAGAGAAUGGGUCGCCUGGUGCCUUGAGCGAGGAAGGAAACAACUGUCAGGGCGUUCUCCCGGCUCUGGACUCGGCAUCCAAAGCAAAACCGUGCGCGUCCUCCGCGCCGCUACAAAGUCAUAGUAACAACGCAACUUCCCGUCCUAGGCCAUGUUGGCUCAGCCAGUCAGAACCGCUCACAGCCACGGCAGAAAAUGCAGUCGGGUACCAUCACAACGCACCCGUACCACUGACUGGCGACCCACAGCACUCUGCAAAAAAGCCAAGAGACUGGCAUCAGAGCCGCAUGGUCAAUCGGCCAGUGAGAGAAAUAGCAGAUGUCAAACCGAUCAAACCAGUUCACCAUGCUCGUCCAGAGUCACGGAGCUCCAAUAUUUCGAAGUCGAGAUCUAGAUGCGGAUCCUUGGCUUCCAGUCCGAUGGUGUGGCAGAGGAGAGCCAAGAUCAGCCACGAAUUCACGACGGAGAUAGCUGGGGUGAUCAACCAGUUUACGCAGCAACAAAGCGCCGCAAUUGAAGAACAGAAAGCGAAGUAUCACAAGUAUAUCAAACGACUGAAACGCGAGCUUGUAGAGGAAUCCGGCGUUAUAACUCAGCAAAUGUCUCAAAUUGACGCCCAGGCUAACAGGAUCGAAGACCUACAAAACUCAAAAGAACACGUUGAGAGUCAAAUGAAAGAAAUUAAAGCCAAGCUGGAGGCAUCCGAGAGUCGGAUUCGAAGACUUGAGGAGAAGUACCGCGCCUGCAAAACGCAUCUCAACUCUGCCAUUCAGGAGCAACAGGAUCUGUACACUCGCUCGAAGAAACAGUGGGAGGACACAAUUGAGGAGGUGCGACGAAUCGAGAAAUCUCGGAACCUCGAGACCGAGAUGACUGUUCGAAAGGCCGAAGCUGUCAGAGAACAGAUGAUGGAGAAAGUUCGCCAGACCAUCGCUCAGAGCAAAAGUGAAGCAGUGGAACUGUAUGGCAAGAUAAACACCCUGACCCAGCAGGUUGAGGAAAAAGAUGCCGAGCUCAGUCGGGAGCGGGAGUCUGUCCGGUUCCUGACCGAGAAACUACAGAACAUAGAGUCUGUCUCAAGCAGUUUUGAAGCGCUCUCCUCCCAGGGGAGGGAUAUUCUGCAGAGAAUAGAAGAGGAACAGAUGAGGGCGGAGGAGAGGCAGCAGCAAUCCAUGAAGGGAAUCCGGGACAGGAUCGAUGUGGUUUCCGCCCGACUUGAAACGCUCUCGAAUAUAAUGUCAGAACAACCAGACAUCCUCUCUAGUCUUCGAGAGGUACAGAAAGAUUCAUGGGACAACAUUACUGGCAAACUUGACAGUAUUCUAGAGCUGCGAAGCGCGGCAACGGAAGCUACAAGCCAAUUGUCGGCCGACCUUGAACAUCAACUGGGAAAAGUCUGGCAGCGGCUAGACAGUCAAAUUGAAACAUUGACUAGACAGCUGGCGGAGAAAGCAGAAGAGAAUGGCAUGGUAUCCACGCUCUAUAAAAGGAAUGAUGCCGAGUGUGAGGAGCAUCUGAACGAGCUCGCAAUACUUAGGGCGACUACGGAGAAGCAAGCGAACCAAAUCCAUGAACUUGAAGCAAGCUUAAUAGCGUCAGACACGGUCCAUGAUGAGAACGAGAAGACGAUCCGACUACUGGAGGCAAGAGGAGCAGAGGCCGAGAAGCUAAAAAGAGAGCUCGAGUCUAAAGCAGCUGCUGUGGUCGAGUUGCAGAGCAAAUUGGAUGCCAAAGAGGGGGCGUAUGUGUCAGAGCUGCAGAACUAUAGCUCGAACAUUCACGAGCUUGCCAAGGCGUUUCAAGAGAAGGAUCGAUCUUUGGCGACCGUGGCUCAUCAAGCAGCGGAAACCGCUCGCUAUGAAACCCAGCUCAAGACGGAGAGGAUCCAGACCAAACUGGAACAAUCCCUCCAAGAGACGACCUUACACCGAGACUCUCUGAUUGAUCAACUGAGGAAGUUGGAGACAACGAUCCAAGAGAAGGAACAAAACGAAAUGCGGCAAGCCGAGACAAUCUGUUCACUCCGCCAGAGGGUGGCUGUCGAGGAAGCAAAGACACAAGCGGCUGCCCAGCAGCUCUCACAGCAGUCAGCUAAUCUAGAACAAGUGGAGCAUCGACUGGGCUCACAGAUCAAGGACUUAGAGACGAAACUCAGAGCAGCUAGCGACCUAAUAAGUGGCUUGGAGAACGAGAAUCAGCGUCAGCACGCCAGAUCGGAAACAAUUGCUGCCGGUCUGAAAAACUGGGCACAUAAGGAAGGAGUUCUCAUUGACGAGUUUGACAACUUGGGAACCAGCGACAGAAGCGAGAAAGAGAUCAGUGACUUUUUGACACACACUCUUGAACUCGUUUUGUCUGCUCGGCGGUCACAAACUACGUCCCUUGAGACCAACCCUACAGGUUCGGUACUUGGAAUGGAGAACUCGAGCUUCCUCGCAGGUCAAACCGCCGAGGCUCCGCAGGCAGCUCUACAAGAUCAUUGUCAGAACGACCGGGUUGAGAGCGACAAUCCGAGCGGCGCAAUGGCAUACCAAACAAAGAGGGAGGGCGACGCCGUGGGAAGAAGACAUGUCAAAGAACCGCUGUCGCAUGCACCGACGCUGCACAACUUAAGAAGGGUUGUCGUCCGCAGCCCGGCAAAUGUACCAUCUGAGCCAGCUGCGCCAUCAAUCGACCAAGAGAAAAUGCGGAGAAGAGAGGCAAUGCAACCAAAAUCGAUUAUGAAGCGGGUUACCAGAAGUGCAACCAGCAAAUUGAGACUGGAGGACUCGAGUUUUGCCGCAGAAGAUGGCACAUUCAAUAUAAAUGAACAGGAUGCCACACAGUCAGCUGUUCCACAAAAGCAAGAAGACAGUGCCAGCUACGCAGAAAGUAUGGCGCUGAACACAGAUACACCCGAGAACAAGGAGGCACUUUCUAGGCACCCCAAGAAGCGAAGACGCUCACGAACGGCAGGUUCAGAGGAUUGGGCGGGCAGCUCCACAAACUUAGGACACGGGGGGAAAGGAGAAUCAUCCAAGCACAGUACCGAACUAAAGACUGAACGGAUGGAUUCUAGGGUUUAUAUUUCGGUUGCUACGGGGCAUGAAGAGAAGGGAGCUCGGCCUCGAACCAACAAAUACGAUUCCUACGGCGAGAAGCCUGUUGCUCGUCAUCCACGAAGACAUUCAGACAGUGGUCCCCAAGACUUGCCCCGAACAUUGUCGGCCACUAAUCCUAAACGUCUCAGCCAGAGACAGACGAAUGUGCGGACGUAUGGUUCGCAAAGGGCGACCGGAGACCCCUUGGAGCUGCAGCCCUUGCUGCAAUCACAAUCAGAAUCACGAUAUUGGCGGCUGAGGUCGAAAGCCGAGUCACAGGAACCGGUGACUUCCUAACAGAGUGCUGUUUCCCCGAGGGGAACUGAGAGUUGUCUCGGUAGAUUUGAGUCAUUGAACAGGAGGGAGACCAAUUGCUUCUCGAGAUUUGCUUCAUCAAGAGUUCGCGGUGUUGAGGAUGGGGAAGAACAGAGUUUGAGGAUGGGGAAGAUCAGAGAGCGGUGAUUUCUGCUAGAGCGUGUUCAGUGAUUGUCUGGUUCCUUCUACCAGUCAUGUUCUGUCGAUGUACGGUUAUAUGGCGAGGGAAGCAACCGCACACCAACUAUCAGCGUUUGGCGGCAGAACCUAGAUAUCGCCUUAAUGUGAGAUACUUGAGAUGUUUCGGGGAUUUAGGAGCUU